AUGAACUUUCAGAGCCUGAACUUUGACUAUGUGGAACGACCUCAAACGGAUAUCACGCACUACGCAAGAAUUGCAAGAGCAGCAGCUCCUAGAACAAGCCCUCAAUCGCCAGAGACGCAGUCCACAGUUCGACCCCACCAGCGACGACACGACGGAUCGCCAGACGAUAUUGUGACUUCGCGGCCAGCGUCGCUCUCGUCACAGCUCACCGUCAUUCCCCUCGCACCCAGCCCGCCUUCGCCUCCCUCAUCAGAGUCUGAGCUUUACGGUCCUGACCGACUCGGCCCUUCUGCAGUCCUGUCUGAGAAUGCUUUUGCCCAGCUAAGAAACGAGCCGCGGCUUACUCUCGACGACGUAGGAGCGCUGGCUCUGCACAAGAUGAGCGAGCAGGCGUUUGCCACCAUGGCCUCCUCCUCGAGGUUCAAGGACGGACUCGCACUGGAAGCAGGCAAGGUGACCCCGGGAGUUGACGAUACGCCCUAUAUCCAAUAUGCCCUCGAGGCCAUCACCAGGGAUCCGGCAACAUGGUACUCCAAGAACACAUCCUCGGGAGCGACCGGCUCCAGCGAUCCCAGCAACGACGGUCUUCUGGUGCCUGACCGUGGUCUGAACUACUACGGCCAUCAGAGGAAUACUCUUCCCACCCACCCAGAGCCUGCGCAGCUCCGUCCCUCGGCCAUGCCAGCGCCAGAGUUCGCAGAACGGGCUCCGGCGCAGGCUCUCGACCCUCACCCUUCCUCGAAUCACUCGUCCAUAUCCACCCUCGUCACCAACCAGCCCAAAGGCUUGGCAACAGCCUCUGUCCUCAAGGACGCAUGGUCCUCUGCGGACCACGACAGUAUGACUCCCAACGCAAAGAUGCUGAAUCCUCGGCCUGACUUCAGGCCACGAAUUUUACGACCGAUUUCGAUGAUGACGAUUAUGACAUUAUGUCUUUUGAUGAUUGCUGCUUUGAUCUUUAGUGCAGUCUUCUCGCAAGCGCAGCAGGGCCUUGUGGCGUUCGUGGGCACGAUAUACAGUGCCCAAUACUUUGUUUUUCGCAUUCUGCCCCAAUUGAUUGCGGCAGCCCUUUUGAUGUACGCCCAGUGCAUCGUUGCAGCAACCAUUCGAGUUCUGCCGUUCACGAGACUGGAGGCGACCUCGAGCCAGCCUCACGAACGUCCCGGUGCCUUGUUCCAGGACCUCUAUCCCCGGUCAUUCCUGUGGCCAACCUUGGUAGGAACUUGGCACACGCAGGUGCCGAUCUUUGUAGUGUGGAUGGCGAAUAUCACGCUUCCCCUGCAGAGCGCGCUCUUCACCUUCGUGCUGAUCGACAGAGAGUGGCGCUGGGCAGCUGUGCAGGGUGUCGCGUGGACGCUGGUGGUGCUCUACAUCGCCUUGCUGGCAGCUCUCGCCAUGCUUUGGAGAUUUUGGUCGGGAAGGCGGACCGGCUUGCUUUGGGACGCUCGCUCAAUCGCCGACAUCAUUGCCAUCAUUUCGCACAGCAACACGCUGCGCGACUACCAGGGGACGGAAGUGAUGGCAACUCGCGAUGAGCUCAUGUGGGCUCUGCGCGAUCGCUGCGUUGAUAAGCUGGGAUACUGGUACUGGAGAGACCAGCGGAGCCAGGGCUUCUGGUACGCCCUCGGGACAGAUGUGGAGGACCAGCAGUGGCUCCAGAACAACGUCUCAGACGCCUCUCGAGAGGGGAGGGCGACCCGCGACACGGAGAAGUCGGGCGCCGACUUUGAUGUCGAACCCUCACCUCUCUCGUACCAAGUCCGGUACCGGUACCUGCCCUGGUGUCUGCGCAACAACCAGCUUCUCCUCUUCGUCGUCGCGGCCGUCGUUCUCCUCACCGCGCUGCUCGUGGUCUCCUUCAUCCCGGCCACCGACGUCCACCGCGGCUUCCUGCCCCUGCUCUCCGCCGCCCCGGGCCCAGGCGCGUUCUCGGCAGCCGACUUCCUCUACAGCUUCCUGCCCUCCCUGCUCGGCCUCGUCCUCUUCCUGCUCUUCCAGAGCCUGGACAUGCACAUGCGCAUCCUCGAGCCCUGGGCCGAGCUCGCCCGGCACGAGCACUCGCCCGCGGGCGCGCACCCAGAGACCUCGAUCCUGGCCGACUACGCCGCCUGCCUGCCCCUCCAGAGCACCUGGCACGCCCUGCGCAACCGGCACUUCCGCCUCGCCGGCCUAACCCUCCUCUCGACGCUCCUCGUCCUCCUCCCCGUCCUCGCGGGCGGCGUCUUCACCGCGCUGACCCAGGCCGACGGCGCCGUGCGCAUGAUCCCCAGCGUGCCCGUCUACGCCCUCGUCCUCGCCCUCCUGGCGCUCUACCUCGCCGGCCUGGCCGCCCUGCUGCCCGCGCGGCAAGGCCUGCGGCUGCCGCACGCCGUGACCUGCCUCGCCGAGGUGAUCAGCCUCGUGUCCAACGACGACGUCGCCGCGCGCGACGAGGCCUUCCGCGACGUGCGCUUCAAGCGCGCGCUGCGGGGCCGCAUCGGCGUCGACCGCGCGGCCGCCGUCCGGCCCGGGUGGGUGCUCGGCGUCGGGGCGGACGGCAGGCUGGGCGUGCGCCGCGCGCGGCGGUUCACGGAGCGCGGCGCCGUCGGGGGCACGAGCCGGAGGAUGGCGCCCGUCCGGGAGGUCAGCCUGCGGAGGCGCGAGUACCUCAAGCAGGGAGGGGUCAUGAUGGCGUGA